UGGGCCGGUGAGCUCAUGGCAAAGGCGCCUAGCAGGGCGGGGGUGGGUGCCCUGGCAUAUAAAGCCCCCGGGGCCCUGUGGCCUGCAGAGGCGGUUGUGAACGGCACCAUGGCGGACUCCGAGGAGGUGCAGAGGGCCACGGCGCUCAUCGAGGAGCGGCUGGCGCAGGAGGAGGAGAAUGAGAAGCUCCGAGGAAGCACCCAUCAGAAGUUGCCCAUGGAGAUGCUGGUGUUGGAGGAUGAGAAGCACCACAGGCCUCAGAGUCCGUCCUUACAAAAGGUUAAGGGCCAAGAGCGCGUGCGUAAGACAUCCCUAGACCUGCGGAGGGAGAUCAUCGACGUAGGCGGAAUCCAGAACCUCAUCCAGCUGCGCAAGAAACGCAAGCAGAAGAAGCGCGAAGCUCUGGCCGCCUCUCAGGAGCCACCGCCAGAGCCGGAGGAGAUCACCGGCCCUGUGGAGGCGGAGACAUUCCUGAAAGCGGCGGUGGAAGGGAAGAUGAAGGUCAUUGAGAAGUUCUUGGCCGAUGGGGGUUCCCCCAACACCUGCGAUCAGUUCCACCGGACAGCACUGCACCGAGCUUCCCUGGAGGGCCACGUGGAGAUCCUGGAGAAGCUUCUAGACAGUGGAGCCACUGUGGACUUCCAAGAUCGGCUGGAUUGCACAGCCAUGCAUUGGGCCUGCCGUGGGGGCCAUUUGGAGGUGGUGAAACUUCUGCAGAGCCGAGGAGCAGACACCAAUGUGAGGGAUAAGCUGCUGAGCACCGCGCUGCACGUGGCAGUCCGGACGGGGCAGCUGGAAAUCGUGGAACACUUUCUGUCCCUGGGCAUGGACAUCAAUGCCAAAGACAGGGAAGGGGACAGCGCCCUGCACGACGCCGUGAGGCUCAACCGCUACAAAAUCAUCAAACUGCUGCUCCUGCACGGGGCUGACAUGAUGAGCAAGAACCUGGCAGGAAAGACCCCCACGGACCUGGUGCAGCUGUGGCAGGCUGACACCCGGCACGCUCUGGAGCACCCCGAGCCGGGGUCCGAGCAGAACGGGCUGGAGGGGCCUGCCGAGAGUGGGCGCGAGGCCCCCCCGCCUGAGCCGGCCCCGUAAAUGCCUGUCCCAGCCCGGCAGACACCUGGCCAGUCCCCUGCGUCGUAAGCGUGGCCCCCAGAGGUGAGGACUAUGCCAUCCCUCUGCACACGCCCCGGGAGCACCCACAAGCUGCCGCAAUAAAAAAAAAAAGUCAUUUUU